CUCCAGACUCCACUUGGUUUUCUCCAGCAAGCUUAACCUCUGCACAUGGAGUAUAAGGAGCUGAUUUCUCUAUGCUCAGCAGACAGAGUGUGGUGGAUCCCUGUCGGACUGCCAUGCAGGCAAUCUCUGAAGCGGCGUCCAGCUUCAGUUUUUGCCGUGCCUCCCUGGAGCACACGGUGUCUGCUGAGGAGCUGAGCUACCAGCUGCCGCCACAUGACACAACAGCCUCCUUCCUGGCUCCUACUGCUCACACGAAAGAGGGCAGAAAGUCCAGUGGAGGUCAUUUGUUUAGUGUUCCCACUGCCUUCAAGAAAGUUUGCUACUGUGAGGCUUUGCAUCCGGGCGAAGCCUUCACUGUGUAUCACACCAGUCCUACCCUGUCCAGUCUUUCCAAGCCUGUGGUGCUGUGGACUCAGCAGGAUGUCUGCAAGUGGCUUAAGAAACACUGUCCUCACAACUACCUGACCUAUGUAGAGGCCUUCUCCCAUCACGCCAUCACAGGACGGGCGUUACUGCGUUUAAAUGGGGAGAAGCUAGAGAGGAUGGGAAUCAUCCAGGAGACGUUGAGGCAGGAGGUCCUUCAACAAGUCCUCCAGCUGCAAGUCAGAGAAGAGGUCCGCAACCUGCAGCUCCUUAGUAGAACCUCCUUUGGAAACUUCUCUUAGCUCACCCCUGGAUCCAUUUGGCAGCCCUUUCCCUCAUCCCCUGUCACAAUACAUCUCUAGGAGCCAUUGAAGAGCUGCUGUCUUCAGAUAUGUGAGCGAAUGGUGAAAGGGGAGAGGACAAGCCUAUAGACUACAUGCCAACCGGUCUGGAGGAUUCUCAUUCAACACGGCCAAUCUGGUUUACAGACACUGAGACAGAGAGACAAAGCCCGGCUCAAGGCAGGGGUACCCACUGUAACAUAGUGAUAAGAUGUAAGAUUCACAGCCCUAGUGAUGAUGUAGGCCUGUCACUGGUAUAUGCUUGAUCGCAGCAAAUCUCCUUUUGGUUUCCUGGUGUCAUUUUGAUCAGACUGAUUUUAAUGCUUUACAUGUGCACAACCAGUAUUUAUGGAUUUUCCUCUCUAUUCUGGUUAAGGUGAAUGAAUAACUCUCUGAACCUUUGAGCCCAGUAACGCUAAAACCAUGUGGAGGACGGUUUGUAUCGUAGUUUAAACAUAGAUUUACGUACAUGCAGCGCUACCAUUCGGCCACUGGAUCGAAAGUUAAGGAAACCUCCAUUCAAGCUCCAUGUCCCUUUUAAGCUAUGACAGGUGCCUGUUUACAAGGAAUUAGCUGGUCUUGACUAAUGCCAAUACAAUUCUUAUCAAUUCCUCACCAACAUGUCACACUCACGUUUUCCUCUCAGGACUUUAGUUUUGGAUAGUUUUGUAGGUUUGGAGGUCAUCAAAAACACUUUAAGCCGAAUGUCAUUCCAACAAUCAGUCUUUUUCUAUUGAUCUGCAGUAUUUGAGCCAGAAAUUAUAUAUAUAGAUAUAUAUAAAGUAUGAGCGUUGUAGAAUAUAAUACAGUUUAAAUCUACGUAUACUGUUCCUUAGUCUUUUAUUAAUGCAAUGGAUCCUUAGGACACAGUGUUAAUGUGAUAGUCACUGACUGUCUAUGCUUGAUAAAGCAAUAAUUUUAAUGAUUAAAGGUGAAGAGGAGGAGCACUGUAUGGGAGAAAUUUGAGUUGCAAGAAUGAGGGAUGUCUGCUGAGGGAAAUGUAUGUUUUGCCUGUUACAGCAGCAUCAUUUGCCAGCCUCAUAGCUUCUGUCCUUUGUGUGUGCUACUGUAUACUGUAUGUCAUCUCUCGCACACAAUUUCUUUCCCUGGUGUGACACUGUGAUUUAAAAUGCUCAGAAAUCAAAAAUACUAUGAAAGCUACCCAGAUACAAGAUUCCCAGCGCGACUGAAGCAAGCACCUUUGAUUUAACUCUAGACAGAAGCAGACAGCUGUGUAUGACGAAGAUGUUUAAGUCACAUACAUAAAUAAUUUCAAUACUUAAAUAAACAAAACCUCCCCUUCUAGCAUCCCUCCAUCCGUCCUUUGACGAGGAGUCUUUGGGUAAUGUAAGUAAUUGACUGUUAAAAAGUAGAAAAUACACUAUUAUUUUUGGAUAACCGGAUGUACUGUAAAUAUGAACACUUUUGGUUUCCUUUGUCAGAUGACUGAUGAGCUGUUUAAAAUGCAAAAAAGGAAAAAUAUGUAUCUGCUUUACAGAUAUGAAGACAUAUGGUAUUGAACAUGAUGAAAGCUGUCUUUUUAGAAUAAACUAAUUGAGAUUCAGUGUUGGUCUUGUUUUCACAUUGUAUUAAUAUAAUUAUUUUUAAUUGUUUUUAUUCUUGAUUUAUUAGUAUAUAGCAAUGUCAGCAGACACUGAAACACUGGGACAAGUAGCAUUGAAGCAUCAAAAUAUAUACCCUCACCAGAUAUAAUAAAUUGACAUUAAUCUUUGCUCAACUUAAGGCAGGUAUCAAAAACCAAAAGUCAACCCUCAUUCAUCUUGUCUCGAGAUAUUGUAGAAGAGGUGGGCAAGAUCUCUCCCAUAUGGAGACAUUUCAAGUUGUUAAAACAACAUGUUUGUUAUGUAUGACAGAUAUCAUUUCUUGUAAUCAUUGCUGGAAACAAGAUGGAAUUGGUGUCUUCCAGUCUUUGAGGCAAUUCUUUUGGCAGUGUUCCCAUCAUCAAAACUGAUUGUAUAUAAAAGAGAAGUGAAUGUC